AUGAGGAUCCUCAUGAUCAACUAAAGAAAAGAACUAGAAAGCAUAAACUGAAGAAAAAAUUUAAAAAUUCCAAUAACGUUCAUGUAGAACAAACAGAAUUGGAGCAACAGCAGAGCCUUUUACACGCAAAAUUACAGCCACAGCAUACAGAUGGCCCCACAAUAAGCAAAAAUAAGAAAAGGAAGCUGAAAAAGAAACGGCAGAUUAGAAAGAAGAGAGCCGCUGGCUUAGUGACCAAGGCCUCAAGUGCCAGCUUUACGUACCAGCCUGAGGAGAGUGACAGUGAGCAGGAAGAUAUCCCCAGAGCCGCUGGAGGUGGAGUCGCCAACACCACGGAGGAGGCCGCAGGGGAUGUCAGCACAGAGGACGAUACAGCCCCCUCCCAGGAAGUCAUGGAGAUCACCAACAGGAGGACCGAUGGCAUCCUGAAUUUUCUGAGGUCAACUCAAGAAAUGUAUUUCUAUGAUGGUGUCUCCAAAGACACGGAUUCAGCUGUCCAUGUGGAAACUGCUGAAGAGCUGCUCCGUUGUCUUGAGUCUCACCACGUGGCUCCCUCAGAUGUGCUCAUUCUGGACCAUAUGAAAACGCUGCUACUUGUGCAUGACACAGCAAGACUGCAGCGUGCCCUGCAGCUGCUCCCGGAGCACUGCACUAUGCCUCUUGGUGAGUAUCACACGUGUGCUCAACACGCUGCCUCACACGCACUGGUCAUGGUUGCCCUGGAAACCCACCAACAACAAAGGGUCAGGAAAUACAGCGGUGUACACAUGUCCUGGGGAGAGUAGAAUCCCACAAAGAAUGGGCUUCAUGUGCCUCUGCUUGAUACAAUUGUUGCAGAAGUGUAUGGGCCAUCUAAUUUUUCAGACUUGUGAGGUAUUGCCUCUCAGCCAAUUUUUCUAAGUUUAAACAAUAUUAGAAUUCAUUUCUUUCCCGCUGGGCGUGGUGGUGCACACCUGUAAUCCCAGCACUCAGGAGGCUGAGGCAGGAG